AUGGGGAACAAAGAAGAAGAGGCAUGCAAACUAGGUCUCGGUGUUGGAGAGCAAUACUACGCUGCGACGCAGACGAAAGAUGAUCAUGAUCAUGAUCACGAUCACGGUAAGAAGAUCAAACAGCCUAUGGUUUGCUUAAGGCUAGAUCUUUGCAGGUUUGAGGUUUUCCCGAAAGAUGAUCAUGAUCAUACGGAUCACCGAAGUAUUCUCUUCGAGGGUCAUUCGAGUUUGAAGCCAAAAAAUAAUCAUAAUAUUAUUCAUGAUGAUGAUCAAGAAAAUCAUGUAGGAAACCGUGGGAGUACGAGAAAUGAGAACAAUAUUACUAAUGGUGGUAUUAGUAGAAAGAAACUGAAGCUUACCAAAGAGCAAACCAUGUUUUUGGAAGGCUGCUUCAAGUCCAAUACCACCCUUAAUCCGGCCCAGAAACGGGAACUGGCUGAGCAAUUGAAUCUGAAGCCACGGCAGGUAGAAGUUUGGUUUCAGAACAGAAGAGCCAGGACAAAGAUGAAGCAAACAGAGGAAGACUGCGAAUUACUGAAGAAAUGUUGUGAGAGUCUUGGCCAAGAGAACAAAAGAUUGAGAAAAGAAUUGCAGGAGCUUCGAUCGAUUAGGGUUGAACAAUGUCACGGGAAAUUAGAUGAUAUUCAGUUUGCUAACAAUGUAAAGCUUACUAUGUGCCCGAAUUGCCAGAAAUUAAGCAAAAAUUAG